AGUUCUCCGUUUUAGAAAAUUGCUACUGUUUACUUGCCUUGCUGUUUGAGCUUCGAAACUUGGACCCAAGCUGUACAACGUUGAAUCAAACAAAUCCAAUACAGAGUUCACAUUCCAGAUCGCAAUAGUGAGAAAAAAGCAAGCGAAAAGCUGGUUCUCUCUUCUGUUUCCUUGCGAGUUUAUAUCAUCAUUUGCUAAAUUUGAUCAUGUAAACGGAUACGCCAGACGAAGAUAAAGAGGGGGUAAAAAUGAGUGUUUCUCUCACUGUAAUGGCUUUCAAUCUUCUGGAUGAUCAGCCGGAAGACAGCCCAAAUUCAUGGGAAAAAAGGAGGGAUAUUUGUUUAAGCGUUAUAACCAGUUAUUCUCCAAUGAUUCUCUGUACCCAACAAGGUGUGAAGUCUCAGUUGGACUAUCUUCAGCAGGGUUUGCCUGGUUAUGAUCAAUUUGGGAUCUCAAGAAAGGGAUCUGAAGAACCUUCAGAUCAGCAUUGCACAAUCUUUUAUGACAAGGAGAAGGUGGAGCUGCUGGAAGGUGGAACUUUUUGGUUGUCAGAGUCACCUUCAGUCCCUGGAAGCAUAUCAUGGGGUGCUGAAGUUCCAUGUAUUGCCACAUGGGCAACAUUUCAACUAAAAGGAGUUGAGCCACCAGGAUUUUCAUUUCAGAUAGUUAAUACAAACAUGGAUGAGUUCAGUCCCCGCGCCCGCAGGCGAAGUGCUUUACUCACAUGGCAGCAUAUUGCGUCUUUGCCUCCUAGCUUACCUGUGGUAUACUGUGGAGGCUUUAACGCACAAAAGGAAUCAACUACUGGACGUUUUCUUCUUGGGCGAUCAAGGGAGCAUGGAGUUGUAGGUGAUAUGAGGGAUGCAUGGCCCAAUGCUCGUGUGAGAAAAAAUGCAUCUCUCAUACACACGUAUCACGGAUUUAAAGGUAAUAAACAGGGAGUUCUUGAAUUCCUCAAGUUAAUUUUUAGAGCUCUUUGCCUUUGCUGGGAUCGCCAAACCCAGGAUCUACAUAUAGAUUGGAUUCUUUUCAGAGGCAGAUCACUAAUGCCAGUUGCAUCCUGUGAAGUGGUGAAUGACAACAUUGAUGGGCAUUACCCAUCAUCUCAUUAUCCGAUAUUUGCUGAGUUUAUGCUUCCUCGUACAGUGAGAUUGCUUGAAUCACCUGCUCAAGUUGGAAAUUGAUCAUAUAUUUCAUUCAUCCAUCCUUCUGCCCCUACCCCCCCUCUUCUUCCUUUUCCUAUCUCUCCUUGGCCAAUAUUAUGGAUCUGGUAAUCUGCAGCUUCUUUCCUCCCAUUUCCCCUUCGUUCUUCUUGCUUUUUUUCUUUUCUUUUCUUUUUUAAGUGGGGGUUCUUUGCAGGGAAGCUCAUGAGCUAUUUCUUGUCCAAUCAUUUUCAUUGGUAAUGUAGGCAUGCAUGGCGGUCUCUGAGAAUAUUGAUAAUGGGUGAUUUGUCCAUUGGUAACAGUUGUGGAAAUAUAAAUAGUUUAUUUUUGCA